AUGCGUGAUAAGGAGCAAGCAGAAGCCCACGGCGCCUAUAGCUCUGGGGAUGCAAGCCCAUCGGUGGGUUUGGAGGAGGAAGGAGAGGUGUUCAAGAAGACAGAUUCCGGGGUAAACUUCCGCAAGGUGGGCUGGUUCAAUGCGACUGUGAUUUUCACCAAAAUCCUCUUCGCGACAGGGGUGCUUUCGCUCCCAUCAGCGCUAUACUCAUUAGGAGCCGUGGGAGGGUCAAUCAGUAUUGUGGCCUGGGGCGGUUUAAACACCUACUGCUUCGUGAUCCUGGGCAACUUCCGCAACAGACACCCGCACUGCCAUUCCAUCGCGGACAUGGCUGAGUUUGCCGGGGGCGUUGUCGCAAAGGAGGUUUCAGGGCUCCUGUUUAUCAUCGGCUACGUACUGGUGACUGGCAGUGGCAUUAUCGGCGUCUCUACUGCGCUUAACGCCCUCUCCCACCAUGCUGCCUGCACCGUGUGGUGGUCGUUCCUCGGCGCAGUGGUGAUUGUCGCCACGGCCUCGAUCCGCAAGCUCGAACACGUCGGUUGGCUAAGCUAUGCGGGGUUCUUGUCCAUCUACGUCGCCGUGCUGAUUGUCGUGAUCGGAGUGACCACUCAAGACCGACCGGCGGCUGCACCGCAGGAGGGGCCAUACGACCUGGGCUAUGUCAAUAUCAACAACCCCGGGUUUGCAGCUGGGAUGGUCGCGUCUUGCACGAUCUUCGUUUCUUCGGCUGGCACCAGUGCCUUCUUGCCGGUGAUAUCGGAGAUGCGCAACCCAAAGGACUAUAAGAAGCCGCUGUAUGCCUGCAUGACUUUGGUGACGGCGUCGUACCUUGCUUUCAGUCUGGUCGUCUAUCGGUGGUGCGGGAUGUGGGUGGCCAGUCCAUCGCUAGAUAGUGCUGGGCAGACAAUCAAGAUGGUCUCGUAUGGUGUUGCAUUGCUUGGGCUAGUAGUCAGCGGCACCCUUUAUUUACAUGUCGGCGCGAAGUACGUUUUUGUUCGGAUCCUCGGAAACUCGCGCCACCUGCAAGCCAAUACCGUGGUGCAUUGGGGUACUUGGUUCGCCUGCACGAUUUUGCUCGGCGCCCUGGCAUUCAUUCUGGCCUCAUCUAUCCCCAUCUUCAACUAUCUCAUUGCCCUCGUGGGAUCGGUGUGCUUUGCCCCUCUUGCCAUAAGCCUCCCCGGUUGGCUAUGGCUGUAUGACCACGGACACUACAAGAAGGGGCCCCUGACACAGAAGAUCACGUAUCUCCUGCACGUCGGUCUUGUGCUUCUCGGGCUGUUAUUCUGCGUCGGAGCAACCUACGGUGUUGUGAUCCAGAUCAUCGAUGCCUACGCCACCGGACUGAUUGGAUCGGCCUUCAGUUGCGCUGAUAAUUCGAAUUCGUCGUAA